GCAGGGUUACAGUACACACCUGUGUCAUACACGACUACAACAUAUCCAUUUUCUCAAGAGGACAUCAGAUUGUCAGUGAUUUCUCAUCGCACACUUAAAAGUUAUAAUGUCUGACUCUCAAAUCCAACUCACUCAGAAUCCACUGGAGAAAAUCUGGGUGCCGUGGAUGAGCAGCAGAUUGAGACGCAGACGAGGCUCAUCAGUACCACAGUUCACCAACUCUCCUACUAUGAUUGUGAUGGUUGGUCUGCCGGCCCGUGGAAAGACCUACAUCUCCAAGAAACUCACUCGAUACCUUAACUGGAUUGGAGUUCCCACUAAGGUGUUUAAUGUUGGACAGUACCGUAGAGAUGCGGUGCAGAGCUAUAAGAGUUUCGAAUUUUUCCGGCCAGACAAUGAAGAAGCCAUGAAGAUUCGCAGAACCUGUGCUUUGACAGCACUGCAGGACGUCUGUUCUUACUUUACUAAUGACCAUGGACAGGUGGCGGUGUUUGAUGCAACUAACACAACAAAAGAUCGUAGAGAACUCAUUCUGAGCUUUGCUAAAGAGAACGGCUAUAAAGUCUUUUUUGUGGAGUCUUUGUGUGAUGACCCUGAAAUCAUUGCAGAAAACAUCAAGCAAGUGAAACUGAGCAGUCCUGACUACAUUAACUGUGAUAAAGAGGAGGCUGUGGCCGACUUUCUGAAGAGAAUCGACUGCUACAAGCUCACAUACGUUCCUCUGGAUGAUGACAGAGACAUGAACUUGUCGUACAUUAAGAUCUUUAAUGUAGGAAGCAGGUAUCUGGUGAAUCAGGUUCAGGAUCACAUUCAGAGCAGAAUCGUCUACUACCUGAUGAACAUCCACGUCACUCCUCGCACUAUCUAUCUCUGUCGACACGGAGAGAGUGAACUCAACCUUCUUGGGCGUAUUGGCGGCGAUUCUGGCCUUUCACCGCGGGGAAUCAAGUUUGCAGCAUCUCUGGGCACGUACAUCCGAGGUCAGUGUAUCCCAGACCUGAAAAUCUGGACCAGUCACAUGAGAAGAACCAUCCAGACCGCAGAAGCUAUCGGUGUAACCUAUGAGCAGUGGAAAGCCCUGAAUGAGAUCGAUGCUGGUGUUUGUGAGGAGAUGACGUAUGAGGAGAUUCAAGAUCACUUUCCUGAGGAGUUUGCCCUCAGAGAUCAGGAUAAAUACAGGUAUCGCUAUCCGAAGGGUGAGUCGUAUGAGGAUCUGGUUCAGCGUUUAGAGCCGGUGAUCAUGGAGCUGGAGAGACAGGAGAAUGUGUUGGUCAUCUGUCAUCAAGCCGUCAUGCGUUGUCUUCUGGCAUACUUUCUGGAUAAAAGUGCAGAUGAGUUGCCGUAUCUAAAGUGUCCUCUGCAUACAGUUUUAAAACUCACUCCUGUGGCUUACGGUUGUAAGCUUGAGUCCAAAUUUCUGAAUAUUGAAGCAGUGAACACACAUAGAGAAAGACCAGUGAAUGUGGACACUCAGUGCCAUCACACAGCUCUUCAUCGUUCUGUUCGGGUCCAGCCGAUGGCAAGUCCUACGCCCACCAGAGCUCCCUGUUUACAGGAUCUGGGCUUGACUGAACUCAGUCUACAGGAUGAAAACGUAGAAUUGCAAACUUUCCAGAACUUCCAGGAUCAAAGCAAUUGGAGGGAAGCCAUACAGACAAAGCCUCAGCCACAUCUGUACCAUAGGAUCCACCCCUGGCCUCAGCCCUUCAGCCUCGACAGGAUGUCUGCUCCCUGUUCCUAUCUAACUGUACCCUGUUUGGACAUUGGGAGACAGAUGUGCCUGCAACAUCGUCAAAUCCCAUGCCACACCAAGACAAUGUGUUUUCUGUCCAGGGAAAAGCACACUUUACUUGGCAUAUAACUUCAACUCCAGGUGUUUACUAUGGGUGGGGAAAACAUCUCAGUGUCAAACUACAAACCAUUCAGACUGAGUUAGUAGGAACCAAUAUUUAAUGUAAUUUAAAAUCCAGAUGCCCUGGAGUCACAAAAGAGCCAGAGGUGCAUCCACGGUUAAUUCAGCAGCUUAAGUAAGAGUUAGUAAUGAUCUCCUACUAUCUGGUGAUUCCGGCAACGUUUCCUUACUGCUGUUACGCAAUCUCAGUUCAGCUUUCCACUGCCUGCCACAGAUUAUUACUGACGCGCCUCUCAGAGAUUGGUAUCUCUGGAGCAGCGCUAUCCUGGUUUUCCUCCAAUCUGACAAACAGGCAACAUUUUAUUUCCAUGCACAAAUAUAAAUCGCCAACUGUCCUACUCAAACAAGGUGUUCCUCAAGGUUCAGUUCUCGGACCAUUACUAUUCAUCAUCUACAUCAUGCCUAUUGGACAAAUUAUGCGCCGUCACGGUUUUCAGUACCACUGCUAUAUAUGCUGAGGAUAUUCAGAUCUAUACUUCCUUCCAACCCGACUGCAUUAACCAGAUCACAUUACUCUCAGCAUGUGCCAGUGAGCUAAAGACCUGGCUAACUUUAAACUUUCUAAAUCUGACCAAAACUGAAAUCUUAUAAACCUGGGGCAAUGUAUUUCCAGCCUUGUGUCAGCAGUUUUACAGAGACAAACUCUAGUUUUCUUCUGAAAAUCGACUUCUGUUUGUUCAGUGGUGUGAAAAUUGUAACGUUAUGCAUAACAUAAAAUACUCAUGGAUUUAAUGGUAUUAAAAUUUCUUGUGUGUCUAUCAUAAAAAUAUCUUUUUUGGCAUGUGACAUCCCUAUGUGCC